GAAGCGCUUUCGGCCGGGAGCUGCGGCCGCCGCCACCAGUUUUCAUGUUUGGGAUUCAGGAGAAUAUUCCGCGCGGGGGGACGACCAUGAAGGAGGAGCCGCUGGGCAGCGGCAUGAACCCGGUGCGCUCGUGGAUGCACACGGCGGGGGUGGUGGACGCCAACACGGCCGCCCAGAGCGGCGUGGGGCUGGCGCGGGCGCACUUCGAGAAGCAGCCGCCUUCCAACCUCCGGAAAUCCAAUUUCUUCCACUUCGUGCUGGCGCUCUACGACAGGCAGGGGCAGCCGGUGGAGAUUGAAAGGACCGCUUUUGUGGACUUUGUGGAGAAAGAGAAAGAGCCCAACAACGAGAAAACCAACAACGGCAUCCACUAUAAACUCCAGUUGCUGUACAGCAACGGAGUCAGAACGGAGCAGGAUCUGUAUGUUCGCCUCAUAGAUUCAAUGACCAAACAGGCCAUCGUCUACGAGGGCCAGGACAAGAACCCGGAGAUGUGCCGCGUGCUGCUGACCCACGAGAUCAUGUGCAGCCGGUGCUGUGAUAAGAAAAGCUGUGGCAAUAGAAACGAAACACCCUCAGACCCUGUGAUCAUUGACAGAUUCUUUCUAAAGUUUUUCCUCAAGUGCAAUCAGAACUGUUUGAAGAAUGCAGGCAACCCUCGGGACAUGCGAAGAUUCCAGGUUGUCGUGUCGACCACGGUCAACGUGGACGGCCACGUGCUGGCUGUGUCUGACAACAUGUUUGUGCAUAACAACUCCAAACACGGGCGGCGGGCCCGCCGCCUGGACCCGUCAGAAGCCACUCCGUGCAUCAAGGCCAUCAGUCCCAGUGAAGGCUGGACCACGGGGGGAGCGACGGUGAUCAUCAUCGGAGACAACUUCUUUGAUGGGCUCCAAGUUGUGUUCGGGACUAUGUUGGUAUGGAGCGAGCUGAUCACUCCCCACGCCAUCCGAGUCCAGACCCCACCGAGGCACAUUCCUGGAGUCGUGGAAGUCACCCUGUCCUACAAAUCCAAGCAGUUCUGUAAAGGUGCUCCUGGGCGGUUUGUCUACACCGCCCUUAAUGAACCAACCAUAGAUUACGGCUUUCAGAGGUUGCAGAAAGUGAUCCCAAGACAUCCGGGUGAUCCCGAAAGGUUACCCAAGGAAGUGCUACUUAAGAGGGCGGCCGACCUCGUGGAAGCCUUGUACGGGAUGCCCCAUAACAACCAGGAGAUCAUCCUGAAGCGAGCGGCUGACAUCGCCGAGGCGUUGUACAGCGUCCCUCGCAAUCACAACCAGAUCCCCACCCUGGGCAACACCCCUGCACACACGGGCAUGAUGGGUGUGAACUCCUUCAGCAGCCAGCUAGCCGUCAACGUGUCGGAGACGUCACAAGCCAACGACCAAGUCGGCUACAGUCGCAAUACAAGCAGCGUGUCCCCGCGAGGAUACGUCCCCAGCAGUACUCCCCAGCAGUCCAAUUACAACACAGUCAGCACUAGCAUGAAUGGAUAUGGAAGUGGCGCCAUGGCCAAUCUAGGGGUCCCGGGCUCGCCUGGAUUUCUUAAUGGCUCCUCCGCUAACUCUCCCUACGGCAUGAAACAAAAGAGCGCCUUCGCGCCCGUGGUCCGGCCCCAGGCGUCCCCUCCUCCCUCCUGCACCAGCGCCAACGGGAACGGGCUGCAAGCUAUGUCUGGGCUGGUAGUCCCGCCAAUGUGAGGGGCGCUUGUUACCUCCCGCCGCGCCCAGCAUCCAAGGACGGACUUCAGGGGACACGUUAGUACGUAAGAGGUGCUGAUGGAGACCGUGUCUUCAGUACGUCAGCAGCGGUUGAAAUGCUACAAAAAGACUUUGUUUAAAGAUUUUAUUUAAACUAUUAAGAAUCAGCGCACAAACGACGUACUUCUUCGUGAACAAUUCCAUUUUAUUGACUGAACUUUUCUCAUAUUUUCACAUUUCUCAGUCCUGAAGAAUAAGGAGAACAAAGCGAUGCCUAUUUUGUAUAAAGUUUCUGACUCCGUCUUGGCUAUGUCUAGUACUUGCUAUGUGUUGGGAGAAACUUUGUGAAUGCACCAUUUUGAUGAUCAUGAAACACUGAUGAAAAACGCCUCCAAACAUUUUCCUGUACUCAUACUUAGAUUCACAAUGGUUGUGUAUCUCUAUAAUGUGAAAUAUUUUUUUGUGGUGACAAAAGGGGGCCAAGGAGGUCUGAGCCAUCAAACUGGAAGAAAGGAAGACUAUAUGAGUAGGAGAAUUGGGGUGGCAGGGGGGGGAGGGAGGGUUUAUCGUUGCUUAACUUCAUCUUAAUGAAACGGAGCUUUGUAACUUAUUGUAGUUAGAAAUUGUAACUUUGAUAUUGAAUUCUCUUGCCUUCAACAAGCACACUGACAGAGGAAAAAGAAAAUGCUACUGUCUGUUGGUUAAAAUAUUCCCCCACUGCUAGAGCUUCCUGUUAAGCAAGUGUGAUCUGCGACAUUCUUUUCAACCUUUGCUAGCACUGUAUACGACUGCAUUCUUAGGCUACUGUGAGGUCCAUGUUUCUUGUACCAGAAAUUGUCCUUUUGACUUCUAGAUCCUUUUUCCCUGAUGUGUUUUGUAUGUGGUUAUAAAAUUGUAGACUUUUGUGAUUUUGCCAAAGUCGUAGCUAAAUAUUUAUACACUUGUCUUGAAUUUUUUUCAGAUCCACUUAAAUAUUUAGGGAAAAAAAACGAGUUUUAUUCCUUAUGCGUCUUAUAAGGAAUAAAACGGUCUCCAUUCAACACUUACUUACUUUUCCAUGAACACUUGCUGUUGCUAAGGGACUUUGUUUUGUAACAUAUCAAUUAUAAAUAUUGUAUUUAUCUUUGAAAUUUUGUACACUGCUUUUCCCACCAUUUUCGGUUCCUUUUUCUUGUCUGCGUUGGUUUCUGAUCAUGGCCUGGUGGUGUGAUGCUGGGAAGAGCAUUAAAGCCAAGAACUGUUUGAUCUGUUUCGUUCAGUGAACCAACAUCCUUGCAUUUCAUUUGUACUUCCAAAAUUUGCUAUUGUUUGUUUAGACUUUCCGUCCUUUUUUGUUUUUUUUUGAGGAAAAGUCAAAUUCAUUGUUUAUUUUUAUAUUAUUUUUAAGUUAUCUGAACAAAUACUUUUGAAGAAAAAAAAAGUUCGUUGUAUAGUCACAACAAAACGGUGCCACCCGCUGUGACAAACCCUCGUAGAUUCCGUGCAUGUGG